AGUCUAACACGCGUUAAAACAUUAAAAAUAGUCAAAAUAUAAAAUUCGUUGUCAGUAGGCGAAUUAUUCAAAAAAUAUCAUGGAAUUUAAGCAAGAGAAGACUAUGAUUCAUUAUGUGAUCUGCUGCUAUAUAGUUUAUGUUGAUUGAAGGCAAGGAAGAGGCAAAGAAAGUUUAUACAUACGCCAUGGAAUUCCGCAGGAAGGUUGGGUUUCUCACCCUCUGCCACCAUCUUUUUCUCACAAUUUCUUUUUUCUGCCUCCAAUUUGGUGUUUCUACAGAUACAAUUACUGCACACCAUUCUUUGGAAGGAUCAGAAACUAUACUCUCCAAUUCCCAAAAUUUCAAAAUGGAAUUUUUCCGCCCGGAAAAUUCGACCAAGUAUUACGUUGGCAUCAUGUUUAACGUCCCUUCAAUGGCCGUUGUAUGGGUAGCCAACAGAGACAAAGGUAUGGAUGAUUCCAGGGGAAGCAUGGGAAUCUCAGAAGAUGGGAAUCUUUUGGUGUUGGAUGGAGAGAAGAGAGUCGUAUGGUCGUCUACUUCUAAAUCUAAUAUUUCCACUUCUUCUUCUCCUGCAAAUACUACUGCUCAGCUCCUGGAUACAGGAAACUUGGUGUUGAAAGAUAACUCAAGUGGGAGAUAUUUAUGGGAAAGCUUUGGUGAAAUCUCCAAUACUGCUGUCGAGGGAAUGAAACUUGGCAAUGGUUCGAGUAUUGGCAUAACGAGGGAGUUGAGAUCGUGGAAAAGUCCAUGGGAUCCAUCCCCGGGGACUUUUUCUCUUCGUCUUCGACAUCAAAACAUUCCAGAGGUGAUUGUGCUACAAAAUAACAGUAAGAUUUACUGGAGAACCGGUCUAUGGAAUAAGCAGAUAUUCAUUGGAUCGCAGAACAUGAAUUCUGGGUAUGACUAUGGAAGUCAAAUCAUUAAGGAUGUCGAAGGGAAUAUCACCUACGACACCUUUAAGAACAUGAAGGAGUCCACUAAAUUGCACUAUGUCCUCAACUCUGAUGGGUGUUAUGUGGAGAAGCAUUGGGAUGAAGAGAAGAGCCAAUGGGUGUUGAAAUCGGACCAAUGGGUGGUGAAAUCGGAAAUUGGUAUAAGUGGGCAGCAAUGUGAUCUGUAUGACAAGUGUGGGCCAUUUGGAAUUUAUGAUCCCUAUGCUUCAAAAAGUUGUAGUUGUUUGAAGGGUUAUAGACCCAAAGAUGAAAUGGAAUGGGGCAAUGGAAAUUGGAGCAGUGGGUGCAUCAUAAAUGCUGCACUUCAGUGUCAUAGAAACAGCUCGACUGAGGAAAACAACAAGAAAGAUGGGUUCUUGAAGUUGCAGAGGGUGAAAGUGCCAGAUUUACCUCAUUGGGUGCCUUCUCUUGAUGAGACUUGUGAAACUGACUGUUUGAGAGAUUGUGCCUGCAUAGCUUAUUCGUACUACACCGGGAUUGGUUGUAUGCACUGGUUUGAGGAUUUAAUUGAUAUCCAGCAGUUUUCGACAGGAGGAGCAGAUUUAUACAUCCGUCUACCAUAUUCAGAAUUUGAUCAAAACAGAAACAACAAAGUCAUCAUUAUUGUAAUUACAUUGACUAUAGGCUCACUAGCAAUUGCUUCUUGCCUGUACUUUGGUUUGCUUAAGCACAGAGGCAAAAAAUCUUCAAAAAUCAUGCCUAGAGAAGACGCCAGCCAAGUUAAGCUACUUGAUGAGCUACCAACAUUUGACUUUGAGAUCAUAGCAAAAGCAACCGAGCAUUUUCAUUCUGGCAACAAGCUCGGGGAGGGUGGUUUUGGUUCGGUCUACAAGGGAAUAUUGGAGGAUGGACAAGAAAUUGCUGUGAAAAGGCUUUCAGAGUCAUCUGUUCAAGGCGAAAAGGAAUUUAUGAAUGAGGUCGUAGUCAUUUCUAAACUCCAGCACAGAAAUUUAGUUAGGCUGCUAGGGUGCUGUAUAGAAAGAGGGGAGAAAAUGCUGGUUUAUGAGUUCAUGCCAAAUGGAAGCUUGGAUGCUCUUCUCUUUGAUCCCAACAAAGAAGUGGUUCUUGAUUGGACGAAGCGCUUCAUGAUUAUUGAAGGAAUUGGGCGCGGCCUCCUUUAUCUUCAUAGAGAUUCAAGAUUGAGAAUUGUUCAUCGAGAUCUCAAGGCAAGUAACAUCCUAUUAGAUGAGCAACUGAAUCCCAAAAUAUCUGAUUUUGGUUUGGCAAGGAUAUUUGGAAGCAACCAGAAUCAAGCAAAAACUCAAAGGGUUAUAGGCACAUACGGUUACAUGGCACCAGAAUAUGCAAUGAACGGAAGAUUUUCAGAAAAGUCAGAUGUGUAUAGCUUUGGUGUUUUGUUGCUGGAAAUUAUCAGUGGGAGGAAGAACUCUGCAUUUUACCAUGAUGGCUUUGCAAUAAGCCUUGUAGCACAUGCCUGGAAACUGUGGAAUUCAGAGAAGAUGGAAGAAAUGGCAGAAAUAGAAGUGUAUGACAUGAGCUUUAAAAUGAGUAUCAGACGCUACGUCCAUGUCGGGCUAUUGUGUGUUGAAGAAUAUGCAGAUGACAGACCAAAUGUUUCAACUGUUUUGUCAAUGCUUAGCAGCGAAAUUGCAGAGCUUCCCCAUCCUAAACAGCCUGCAUUUACUGGAAGGCAAAGCUCUACAGACAAUAAGCCUAGCAGUUCUAUAAAUGAUGUUACAAUUUCUGAUAUUGAAGGAAGAUAAUCUCAUGCAACCAACAAUUCUCUUGUAAAGCUCUGGUUAAUAAGGUAAAUGUACACAAUAUGUUAGUGUUUAUGGACCACGAUAGGAAAGUAGUGUUAGGAUUUCAACCCUACACGGCUACACCUUAGUUUGAGGUUAACUGACCGCCAAUGAACUACAACUAUUAAUUUAUUUAGAUCGGUAAAU